AUGCCUCAGGAGCGUGUGCAGAAGUCCGGCAUCGCCGCCGGCAUCAACAAGGGCCACAAGGUCACCCCGAUCCAGCCACCUGCCCGCGUCUCCCGCACCAAGGGCCACCUCAGCAAGCGCACCUCGUUCGUGCGUGACAUCGUCCGCGAAGUCGCCGGUCUCGCCCCCUACGAGCGCCGUGUCAUCGAACUGCUCAGAAACUCCAAGGACAAGCGCGCAAGAAAGCUCGCCAAGAAGAGGCUCGGUACCCUCUCCCGCUCCAAGAGAAAGGUCGACGAGCUGCAGCGUGUGAUCGCUGAGGCUCGCCGUGCUGGUCACUAA